AUCUCCAAGUACGAUAGUUUCUAUUAAACUAACCCUAUAUAUAGACGUCACAUCUUAUCACAGCUGUGGUUCAAUACUACAUCAUUUGGACCCCACGUUGAUCACCCCUUUAUUAUACGUGAUUCUGCAACCUGAGGUAACUUCACGUAACACGAUAUCCAUUUAUACUAAUUACGUGUAUUGGCAAGGCAUAGUUGGACAAGAAUCAGCCUCAUUGGAUAUGAUAUCCCAAUGAUCAAAAACUGCUCCUCAUGUCGCUAGCUGCUUGACAUUCAUUAACUCGCCUCAUCCGCUAAUGUGAUCAAUUGGUAGAAGCAAGCUACAAAAAGGAAAUUUCGACAACAGGCGAGACAACAAUGACGGCCGAAUAUCAUAGAACUCAUUAUAUCAAUUCCCUCUCGAGACAGCCGAUGAUAGGUAUUCCAGAAAUUGAGAUAAAUACAGCGAAUAAUAUACGCCAGUCUGUUUCACUGAUGCACGAGAGUCAAUCCGAGGAUUAUUACGAGGACGUAUUACUCGAUGUUAGCGAAGGACCGGGAUUAGACAUAGGAAGCGAGAUCGACAGCCGACACUCAAUACAUUCAACGAAUAUCGCACAUGAUGUAAGACUGCCUUUGCGCGAGUCUCUGGGGAUCUCAGGAUGUCUUAUCAUCGUUGGGGGAACUUUAGGCAGUCUUAUCGGCUUCGGGUUCCUCCUCUUUCUCUGGGCAGCUCAUGGUUCCGAUCUCGAGGCAACAGACGCACCUAUGGCGUGGCGCAGAAUCAUGUUGAAUGGCUGGAUGGGACAAGCUACUACCCUCGCGGCUUUACUUAUAAGGGUCGUUACGGCUUUGCAAGCAACGGUAUGCACGGCUAUGCUUGCCUCGAUGUUCCUAGAGAAACAAUACGUUCGAAAGGCGGACAUCGUCCAAUUCUCCAUCAUCCGAGCUAUUAAUGAUGGUCCGCGGAAGCUUACAGAGUUGAUAUUUUCCUCGCCAAGAGCUAUCUUUCGUAUCGAGGCUUUCCUAGCUCUGUCAUUAACACUUGGAAACCUGGCUCUCCAGUUUACAUCCACUAUCCUUUUCUCAGAUAUACGCGAAGCCACCAUCGUUGGACUUAGUAGCUCUGUACAGGUACCGAACUACAUUGAUCAGCAGAUAGAAGGCAUUUAUGUCCCUGCGCCGGAACAAGAAUCACCUACAUAUAGGAUGUUUGGGGAAGUCGAGUCGAAUAUGUCAUCUAUUCCCGACUCAAAAGGCUUUACUGAUUCUGGAUGGAAACAACGAGCAAUCCUACCGCUUAGCUUAGCAGAUAACAGAACAGCGGUUCGCACGUUCAAAGGAGACGCAGCGGUAAUGAGCUCCAGAGUCAGUUGCAUGAGGCCUAACAUAGACGGAGUUAUUCGUACCACUAAUCUUUCUGAUGCUCCUCAUUCAUUCGUAUACGUGGGAAGAUUCAAUGGCACGUUAGACUACGGUUCGAGUCUACAAGAUUCGCAUUCUGAUUCAUCAUUAUGCAAUUCUCAGGGUUGUCAUCAUGCAAAAUACGAUUGCACUAUCCCGUCGAAGACCCACAUCGACUCAAACACACGCAAUAUAUCAAGCUAUCAGGGCGGUUUUUGCUCCGUUACGGCGGUUGGUGGAGCAUGGAAUGGACAGAACCACACCGGGUGGAAGGAUUCAGAUGAGCCUUGGUCCAAUCAAUCUCUAAUCUACCUAGUCUACUCAAGCAAUAUGUUCAAUACGGAUUGGCUGUCUCACAUAAAUGAUAGUCAGAACCUUUCAUCACUUCCUAGAACUAGCCAAGGAGAAUGGUCGAGUUUUGAAAUCAUACCCGGUCGGUUUCUUAAUAUUUCACUUUGCUUCAUGACUUUCAGUAUAGAUUCGAAGUUCGUUGAGAUGAAGGCGAAGGCACCUCUUCACGAACCAGUCGGAAAUUGGUCAAUAUUAAGAACUUGGAAUUCAUCUGACGUCCGAACCUUCUUUGGCGUAAACGAAUUGCACCAAGAUCAUGCCGAAAGAGGUAUUCUAACAAUCACCGAUCUCAAACAACCGGAAAACAACUCCUCUGAUUUCAAAGGGGACGAUGUUUGGAAUAAUGGAACAAGGGUGCAGCAAACAUAUAUGCUGCUUGAUUGGUAUUUUUACAUGAUUAUAUCCGGUCAAAGCGGUUGGCAGUUUACAUGGAAAGGAUGCAUUUACUGCGACUCUUUGGGGCAAUCCAUUCAUCCGGGGUUUGCUAUGCUACUUGGAGACACGCUCUUAACAACUGGCAGAGCCGCUGAAGCAUUGCUGUGUUUCACUACAGCACUUUCCCUACAGUGGUACACGGAUGCUUUCUCGUCACUUAAAGGGACUAUCGGGGUAGAUAUUACAUCUACCAAAAAUGUCCAGACCGCACACAUGUGUAAACAGGAUAGUUGCAAGGGGAUAGUUUCCGUGGCAGUGAUACUCGGAUUAUACCUUCUGACUGUUUUCAUAACGACGGCUUUAUUCAUCCGACAAGUCUCUUACUCAAGACAGGGGAAUGUCUGGCAUGCUGUAUCACAGCUACUAGGGUAUGAGCUGGAAGAGGCCUUGGAGAAUGGGAAUGACAGGGGUGACGAUGCCAUGGAUAAAUGGACGAAGGAAGAAGGGAAACACACCCUUGUCAGGCUUAAAAGGGUAGACGGCAGAAUCCAGGCUGUGAGAAAACACGAAGUUUCCUCGAAAGGAACAAAUAAGCGCUGGAAAAGUUGGUUAUCUAAGUUCUCAAAGAAGAAAGCAUCGGAUUAAGGACAGUUUGAAUGAUAAGCUCGUGGGGGGGGAAAGUCUAAAAAGGGGCGGAUAUGGAACUGGCAAGUUAGAGAGGGUUGGAAGCACGUAUUGAUCAGGAAACGAUGCAAAUAUCAACGUUCGGAAGGGUUGUUUUCUUUUCUUAUAUAAGGAUCAUCAGGCACAGGGUAUAAGGAAUCAUUGGUAAUUUUUUUCAUUCAGAUAUUUCAUUAUCGUAAUGUC